AUGCCUCGUGGUCGUAAAAGUAAGCUCCGGGCCCGUGAAAAACGCCGCCAGGCCCGAAGUGAGACCGAGGGUCUCAAGAGUGCUCAGGCCACUGCAGCAAAGGAGGAAGGGUCCCCCUCCUCCUCAACUCCUGAUCUGGGGGCUACUGCCCAGAGCUCGCCUACUGCUGAGUCAUGCAGCACUGGCCAGGGGCCUCGAAGAGCCCUAUUCACCACUAUAGCUCCUGCAGGUACUUCAGACGAAAGAUCCGAUGAACGUGCCACCAUGCAAGAUGAAGAAAGGCCUGGCACCUCACAGGCCUCAUCCACCACUGAUCGUUCAGGCAGAACCCCUCUAGACCAGAAGGCGAUUUUGCUGGUUCAGUUCCUGCUGCGCAAGUAUAACAUGAAAGAAACCAUAACAAAGGAAGACAUGCUGAAGUAUGUCAUCAAAAAGCACAAGGAUCACUUCCAUGAGAUCCUCAGGAGAGCAUCUGAGCUCAUGGUGCUGGCCUUUGGCAUUGAUGUGAAGGAAGUCGACACCACCAGACACUGCUAUGCUCUUAUCAGCAAAUUGCAGCGCAACCGUGAUGAGAGGCUGAGUGGUGAGAUUAUGCCCAAGACCGGCCUCCUGAUGACGGUCCUGUGUGUGAUCUUCAUGAAGGGCAACCGUGCCACGGAGGAAGAUAUCUGGGAGGUGCUUAAUGUGAUGGGAAUAUAUGCAGGAAGGAAGCACUUCAUCUAUGGGGAGCCCAAGAAGCUCAUCACCGAAGAUUUGGUGCAGGAAAAGUACCUGGAGUACCGGCAGGUGCCCAACAGUGAUCCUCCACGCUACGAAUUCCUGUGGGGUCCCAGAGCCCAUGCUGAAACCAGCAAGAUGAAAGUCCUGGAGUUUUUGGCCAAGGUCCAUGAUACCACACCUAAUGCCUUCCCAUACUGGUAUGAAGAGGCUUUGAGAGAAGAAGAAGAGCGAGCCCGCAAUAGAUUUGCUGCUUUGGCUCGCACUAAUGCUAUAGUCAGCGCACAUAUCAGAGUUCCCAGCAGCUACUUCCACCCCUAG